AUGGGCAGCGUCUCCACCGGCGCACAGACCACCUCCAUCCCUGCUCCGCACCAGCUCAGCUGCUCCACCGUAGAUGGUCCCCAGUUUCAUGGUAAUAUGGACGGGCAGUGCGCCGGGUCCUCCAAAGUCUUACUUGCUUACAAAAACGCGUCGCAGCACCUGAGUUCAUCGGGAAUUAAAGCAGGCUUGGGGAUACUUAAAGUGGCCACGUCUCAGUGGAAACAGGAGAAGAAGACGCGAUCAGGGACAGCCGCAAGGCAACUGUCUACUGCCAACAGCAGCCAUCCCUGCAAGAGAUCACCACUGGAUCAGCUGGCAGCUCUGGUUCUCCACGGUCAAACCCGGCAUCCCAAGAUUGGCCAAGAGCACCGACAAGAAUCCCUUUACUCCACCAAGCCGCAGAACUGUAAGCGCCUCGUGGUUCUUGGUGCACCACGGGUCGGCAAGACCUCCAUCCUAAGAAGAUACCUUCGAGACGGAUUUGUGGAAGAGUACAAUCCCACCUCCGAGGAUUUCCUCAGGAAACUGUUUCAUAUCCGCGGAGAGACCUACCAAAUUGACAUCCUGGACGCCUCCAGGGAGAGGGAUUUCCCAGCCAAGCGGCGGCUGUCUAUCCUCACCGGCGACAUUUUUCUUCUAGUAUUCAGUCUAGAUGACCGAAGCUCUUUCGAAGAGGUGUGCGCCCUGCGAACGGAGAUUCUGGCUGCUAAAUCCAAGCUCACCAAAUCCUCUGUGCCAGAGCGGUGCGCACAGCCGCGGGUUCCCCUGGUGGUCUGCGCCAACAAGGUGGAUCUCCUGGAGUCUGAGAGAGGAAUAUCUAAGGCAGAGGUGCUCCAAGCCCUCGGUGAUGACUGUGGCUAUUUUGAAACGUCUGCAAAGGACAGCACAAAUCUAGAGAAAGUCUUCGAGACUUUGGCAAAGCGAGGCGGGCUUCCGACUGAAACUGGCCCGUCUCAGCACCGCAAAGUCUCCCUCCGUUCGUACCAGGCAAUGCGGACAGGCCGUGUGCCGGGGAGGGAGGGCCAGACCCCGCGGCGCGACGAUCCCUGCGGCGCCCUGUACCCACUGGCCCGUCGGCCGAGUUUUAGCACGGAUCUCCGACAAGUCACUGGGCCACAUACGGCAAGAAAGUCCGGCAAAGCGCUGGAAAAAUGUCAGAUUCAGUGAGAGACAAAUAAAGUGAGACGUAGUGUUGCAGCGCGAAUAAAACAACGAAUAAAUCAAUGAUAAUCAUUUAAACAUAGCCUAAUGCAUUAUCGUUGUGUAAUUACAUGGACUGGAGAUGAUGUUUUCAAAAUAAAAUAUUUUUUAAUAGCA